UCAACAGCGUGACACAUUUCAUGCGUAUUUCUUUAUUUUGUAGGGAUUGCGCUUUAUUUUUAUUUUAUUUUUGAAAGUAGUUUGUGUUUAUAGCUCUUUCCCGUCGACUGUUUGUGUUCAGAGUGAACAAAAGUCGUCAGGGUUUAUUUAUUAUUAGUGUCUUUAUGUGCUCCUCUGCUCCUCUGAGACUUUUCAUGGCUGAUACUGGACCAGUGAUCCUGGACGGGGGACUGGCGACUGAACUGGAGGCGCAAGGAGCCAGUUUACAGGGAGAUCCUCUGUGGAGCGCCAGGCUUCUGCACACAAACCCUCAGGCCAUCAGAGACGCUCAUUACAGGUUUCUCGUCAGCGGUGCUGAUGUCAUCACAACAGCUACGUACCAGGCGAGUGUCCGAGGAUUCAUUGAUCACCUGGACGUCAGCUGUGAACGCGCCAGAGAGCUGCUGAUGUCCGGAGUUCACCUCGCCAAAGAGACGGUGCAGACAUUUGUCUCUGAGACUCGUCCAGCAGGGCAGAGACGUCCCCUGGUGGCGGGCUCUGUUGGACCGUACGGGGCCUUUCUGCACAACGGCUCCGAGUACACUGGAGCUUACGCAGAGGACAUGAGUACUGAAGAGUUUAAGGUUUGGCAUCGGCCUCAGGUGGAGAGUUGCAGCAGCGGAGCUGAUCUCAUCGCUUUAGAGACGAUCCCGAGUAUCAAAGAGGCCGAGGCUCUGCUCGAGCUGCUCAGAGAGUUCCCAAACUCCAAAGCCUGGCUCUCCUUCUCCUGUCAGGAUGCGAGGUGUAUAUCAGACGGCAGCUGCUUCUCUGAUGCCGUGCAGAUGGCGAACAGAUGCUCGCAGCUGGUUGCCGUCGGCGUGAACUGCUGCUCACCGCUGGUGGAGCCGCUGCUGGAGUCUGCCGGGUCCCUGCGGAGUCCAGACCUGAACUGGGUGGUUUAUCCCAACAGCGGAGAGGACUGGGACACUGAACAGGGGUGGCUUCCAUCUGUGAAAACACCUGCAUCAUUACCUGAACUCAGUCACACGUGGGUGAAACAAGGUGCUGCUUUGAUAGGAGGCUGCUGCCGCAUCGGUCCCGCUCACAUCGCAGAGUUACGACGAGAGUUAAGAGGAAGCUGCACGUCUCCGGCCGGUGAUCGCUGAGAAGAAAGAUGUCUGUUCAAAGAGUUUAUAAAAAACCUUAAUUUAUUGAAAUAUAAAUAAAUAAAUAAAUCACUACAUCAAUUCACACAAUGACAUCAGUGUCGGGUCAGUGUCGGCACCGCGCAGGUGCAAACUCAACUGUGAGGACAAACUGUGACUGUACAGAAAUAAACAUGAAACUAAUCCAUGCAGGCUUCACUUUCUGUGGUUUCACAUAUUCGGAUUAUUUUUUAGGGAUUCCACGAUCACGUCUGUACAGCGCCGGCCUUUUAAAAACUGGGAUCAUCUAGUCUUACUGGAAGGUUUCACGAAGCACAACGAAAUGUCAGCUGCUUUCACGACACUUGAACUGGACGGCAUUUCCACUGAACUAAACCACAGGCGCAACACAAGCCCACUUACCUGUACAGUGAGAUAUGGAGGUGUGUCGUCUCUGAACAGAAUUCACAGCGAUACAAUGUGCACUCUCACAGGAUCACUGAGUUUAACAUGAGCUGAUUUCAACAGAAAUUUACAGAAAAGUGAUUGAGAUUAGUAGCAGGGUGACAUAUAAAAUAAUUCAAGAGUGUGAACAUCUAAAAUCCCUUUUUUAGCACGACACCGAGGCGGACAAAAUAACAAAAAACACCUGACA